AGCAUUAACUAGCAACAUGGAGACCCCAUACCAAAACCAUAUCAACAAAGCUGACUUUGACCAUGUCUACGAACCAGCCGAGGACAGCUUCCUACUCAUUGACGCCUUAGAAAAAGAUCUAGAAUAUUUAAAAGAAAACCCCACAUUUUGUCUAGAGGUCGGCUCUGGUAGUGGUGUCGUCAUAACAGCUUUCGGUAUGGCAUUCCCACAGACAUUCUGUAUCAGCACUGAUGUUAAUUUAAAAGCUUGCGUCAUGUCAAAGCAAACGGCUGCUUACAAUAAAGUUAAUUUAGAUGCGUGCAAUAUGGAUUUGGCUAGUUCCUUUACCAACAAUAAGUUUGAUGUGAUAAUCUUUAAUCCGCCGUAUGUGGUGACUGACAGUGAUGAGUGUGGCGGUACCGAUAUCACAGCUAGCUGGGCAGGCGGGACCAAGGGCCGCGAGAUUACAGACAGACUGCUCAACAUGAUACCAAAGAAACUAGCUAAUGAUGGAGUGUUUUACCUCCUGCUUAUUGAAGAAAACAUUCCUGAUGAAGUUGUUCAGAUCAUGAGCAGUCACGGAUACAUGUCUGAGACUGUAGUGAAGAGAAAAGUACGUAAUGAGCAACAAUUAGUUAUAAAGUUCUUUAUGUGAAAGUUAUAUAUGUGGCAUGCAAUAAAUAUCCUAUAAACAGUUAUGAUCACAGACUAGUUUAACCUUACUCUGACUGGCCACAAAAGUAAGACAACCUACAGUUUAUUAGUUUCUAGCAUAAUAAACCUACAGUUAAGUUGCUACUGCAUUCAGUUUGUUAUGUAUUUUAUAAGUUUAACAAUAUAUUGUAUAUUUUGUAAGGAAAAAAA